AUCUUUUUCUAUCUUAUUAUUUAAAAAAAACAGAAUAAAUUAACCUUCGGUUAGCAGUUAACCAACGUUUUAGCAGUCAUUCUCAGACACGAUGACCGGUUUAAAGGAAUUCGUAAUACAACCAUAUAUGCAUAUCUAUUCAUCAAAUGCAUUCCCAGAUAGCAAAAUGUCUGCAUUAUGUCAGCAUAACGCAUUUACGUCUGCUCAUAGACGUGUCGGCAUAUUUGCAACAAUUGAGUCGGUAUAUGAAGUGCACGUGAACAGCAUGGUUUGCCUGACACAUUGUGACACAACUUGCCGUCACAAGAUCGACAAGCCUUGCCGGAUUUAUGUAUGAUAGUAAUGAUCAUAUGAACAUAUAGAAAUAGUUGAAUAAAAGAACUAACUGCUUUGUUGCCUACUCAGUCAUUUGUUUCGUUUUGCGCCGAUACUUUCUGCGCGUCCCCCAUUAUCUUGGUGUGGCCAAUGAGACGAAUGUUGUAUAUGUGGUAGUGUGACAGUGUAAAAAGAUUUUACACAUCAAAGUAAUGAAGGAAUACCACGUGAUCGAAAUCGAAAAGAUCAAAGGUUCGACAGAGAGUGGACAUACUAGUCCCAUACAACACAGGUAGAUUCUGAGUAUAUACGCAGUAUCAUGAUGUAAUAAUACCAGGUGUAACAUUCCCGUGGAUGCGCACUCGUCCAAAGUAAUGGACGCUCUAUGACCAAUCAGGAGUUGGUCACAAAUGCUGAAAAGCAUCAUGGCUGCUAUCAGCUGUUGUUAGUUGUUAUUCUCGAGCUACAAAGCGUGAAAUAAACAGUUAGCAAAAUAAAGUGAAGCGAAGCGAAAUUUAUUGUGAAGAAUAGUGUAGUGUAGUGUAGUGUUGUGUUUUGUAGUGUUGUGUUGUGUAAAAUUGUUCUUGUAGAGUGAAGUGAAAUAGGAACUGACAGGACAGUAAAGACAUACAAAAAGAUAGUAAAAAGAUAUUGCAAAAAGACAAUAAAGAACAUUGUGAAAGGACAGUAAAAAGACACUAAAUUAUGCCGACGUGCUGCAUAAAAAAUUGUGCAAGCCGCACAGACCACAAAAGCACAAAAGGUUUGAAAUUCUUCAGAUUCCCCAAGGAGACUGACAUUCAUCAGCAAUGGCUAGAUGCUACUCAAGAAAAUAAUUCAAACAUAAAAAUUGAUUCUGCAUACGCAUGUAAUCUCCAUUUCGAAGUAGAAUGCUUUGAAUUGGAAUGGACAAAGCCGAGAUCAAAGAAUGUACCUGCCAAACAAAUACAGAGGCUGAAAAAAGGUUCUAUCCCUACAAAAUUAUUAACAUUAGAAAAAAACGGAAAGAUAUAUCUGAAGAUAAAACUAUAAUAAAAAGCACAAAUGAAAAGAAAUUGCAACAAACUGUGGAGCAAAAAUCUAAUACCAUUGCACAAAUGAUAGCAAAUCAACAAAAGGAAGCAGAAAACAUAGCUGUUGAUGUCUUGCGCAAAGUGUUCACGCCUGGACAAAUAAAAAAAUUAAUAUCACCCAAUGAUAUUCGAAUAAACUGGUCAUUCGAAGAUAUUACAUCUGCCAUCGCUUUGCAUUCAUUAAGCGCAAAGACUUAUCGAUAUUUGAGAGAAGUAAAAAAAAUGCCACUGCCAUGUGUGGCAACUUUACAAAAUUGGUGUGCAGUCUUUAAUGUUCCACCCGGCAUUCUACAAGAUGUCUUGAAAAUCAUGGAAAACAAAGGACAUGA